AUGACCUCUCACAGGAUCAAUCUUGCACACCGGGAUGCUUCUAUUUCUUUCAACCUUGAACAGGUGAACAGCAUCCAUCCAGAAUGCCGGUUUCAUCUGGAAAUACAGGAGGAAGAAACAAAAUGUGCAGAGCUUCUAAGCACUCAACCCAAAAGCCACAGAGCCUGCAGGGGCGUCUGGGACAACAUCACGUGCUGGCGCCCUGCGGAUGUGGGAGAGACGGUCACCGUGCCCUGCCCCAAAGUGUUCAGCAACUUCUACAGCAAGCCAGGAAACAUAAGCAAAAACUGCACGAGUGACGGGUGGUCAGACACGUUCCCAGAUUUCAUGGACGCAUGCGGCUUCAACGACCCAGACGAUGACAAUAAGUGCAUGCAGAGCUCCCCGGCCCCGCAAGGCCUCCGCCGCCAGGACCAGCCAGCCUCAGAGCUGAACAAGCAGCCCGUGCUGCGGCAGGCCUGUGCUUGCUGCUCCUCGGUGGAGCAGCACAGACUUGUGAAGCUGCACUGUACCCGGAACUACAUCCACCUGAACCUGUUCCUCUCCUUCAUCCUGAGAGCCAUCUCGGUGCUGGUGAAGGACAGUAUCCUCUACUCCAGCUCCGGCACAUGGCACUGUCCUGACCAGCCGUCCUCCUGGGUUGGCUGCAAGCUCAGCCUGGUGUUCUUCCAGUACUGCAUCAUGGCAAACUUCUACUGGCUCCUGGUGGAGGGGCUGUACCUGCACACCCUCCUGGUGGCCAUCUUCCCCCCCAGCAGAUGCUUCCUGGCCUACCUCCUCAUCGGAUGGGCUGCACCAACAGUGGGAAAUCAGAGAGGAGAGGGGCCCGAGGAGGAGCAGGUGACAGGAGCAGUCUGCCCAGAGCCAGCGCUGUGGCAGCCUCAUGUGGUGGUGGCCUCGGUGGCCUUGGUGGCCUUGGUGGCCUCGGUGGCCUUGGUGGUCUGGGUGGUUUCCAUGGCCUCAGUGGCCUCGGUGCCAGAAGCCAGUGCCAGGCUUGUAAGGGGUGUGCCACGGCCCCACCCGGGUCGGCAGGCCCGGAGGACGCCCACGCCCCACCGUCCGGGAGCGGGCACCCACAGGGCAUCUCCCACCGUGCAGGUCAACUUCUUCCUCUUCAUCAGCAUCGUACGCAUUCUGCUGCAGAAGCUGACAUCCCCCGAUGUGGGCGGCAAUGACCAGCCCCAGUACAGUGCGCAGGGCGGGCGGAGGGCGCUCGGAGGGCCCCCGGCCGUCCUCACCUCCCGGGCCUCCAGUCACUGGCAUGCUCACCCCCAGGUCCAGUGCGAGCUAAAGAGAAGGUGGCGAGGCCUGUGUCCCACCCAGCCCGGGAGCCGAGACUACCGCCUGCACAGCUGGUCCAUGUCACGGAACGGCUCGGAAAGCGCCUUGCAGAUGCACCGGGGCUCCCGAGCCCCGUCCCUCCUGCAGACGGAGACCUCGGUCCUCUAG